UAAAUGUAGCCGUACAACGUUACCCUGAAGCUAAAGCAUGCAAAAUAAACCUCAAAAACCAAACUUACACUUCAAGAACACAACAUUAUGAAAUACGUAACAGUUAACUAACAUAUACUCCUAUAUUAAAAUUUUGCUACAUGCUACAUCAAAUCCUAAAUUCUUAUAUCCAUCCACCAAUGAAUAACUUGAAAUCUAUCAAUGUUUCAUUUGAAACCCAUCAAACACAACCUCCUAGUGGAUCUUCUAUACAAAUCCUAGAUUCAUCAAUCCAAAGUCUAAUAAGAUCAUGGCAAAGAAGGCAAAGGUGGCUACAUGUUUUCGCCACAUCAUCAUCAUCAACCCAACACCAACAAGUUAUGAAUAAUAAUGCACCAUGGAGGAACCAUUUGGCCAAUUUCCUACAAUCAAAUUGGGUUCAUUUGUUUUCAAUCUCAUUGCUCAUUGUGGACCUCAUCAUCACAAUUCUUGAGCUAUCUUCAUCUUUGGUUUCACCAUGUCAUCAACAAAGGGUGAACAAGGUAGAAAAACUUAGUCUACAUUGGAUUGGAAUUAGUAUCCUUAGUUUACUUUCAAUAAAGUCUAUGGCUUUGUUAGUGGGGUUAGGCUCUUCAUUCUUUAAGCAUUUUGGGUAUGUUAUGGAUGGAGUUGUGACCAUUGUGGCUCUGUUUUUGGAAGUGUUUCUUGAGAGAAAAGGAGGUAGUUUAUUGAUUGUUGUGAGUUUGUGGCGUGUGAUUAGAGUGGUGGAGAGUGUGUAUGAGUUAAGUGAUGAAACAAUUGAAGCUCAAAUUGAAGGUAUAGUUUGUCAAUUUGAGGCACUCAAAGAAGAGAACAUGAGGCUCUUAGAAACAAUCCAAGGAAAGAGCAAGGCCAUUGAAAAGCUCAAGGAGGAUUUGGAUAAAUGUAGGCAUUGAAUUUGAAGCUCCACCCCCAUCAUCAUGAAUUCAAGAAAUUUUGAUAUUCACAUUGUGGCCUUCUAUUUAUUUGUAGGCUAAAUUAAUAUACAAUUUUCUAUUAUCAAAUAGAGUAUGAAA